CAGGUUAACUCGAAGUUCGGCGUCCUUAUUUACGUAAAUGUAGGUAAAUGAAUUUGACUCACACGAAGACAGUCCGGUAUUGUAUGUUACGUGUACAUACAUUCCAGGCGGUUCACGACUGAACAGCUUUACUCUGAGUGUGGGGAUGAACAAUCAGAGCUACACUACAUGUUAUACAGACACGACAGACAGUGACAAAGGUCCUGGGGAUAUCGUCAACGGUAGUUGUAACGACAGUAAGCCGACAACAGGAAACACGGUCCGGAUAAGCUUACCGUCGAAUUUAUCAACACCGUUGACACUUUGUCAAGUAAGACUGUUUGUUUGUUCCGAGGGCUGGUAUGGAGAGAUGUGUGACAACGAAUGUGUGACAGACACGUGCUGCUAUCGAUGUGAUGACCAUGGACUUUGGUGUGAAAAGUGUGUGAAUGGCCGAUGGGGUACAGACUGUGGUGAGGAAUGUGGACAUUGCUGGAAUAAUACUGCUUGUGACAAGGACACUAGUGAAUGUCCGAAUUUAUCACCCAGGUGUGAGAGUGGCUUUCAGGCUUACAAUUGUACAUCAAACUGCAGCUCGUAUACAUGGGGUCCUGACUGUAAGGAGACCUGUGGUCAGUGUCAUGGCGGAGCUGUCUGUGACCGGGUAAGUGGGGACUGUCCCUUGGAGAAUCCUCGCUGUGCCAUAGGAUAUACAGGACCUCGUUGUGAACCUUGCCCCGGUGGUACAUUCGGUGACCACUGUCAGGAGAAGUGUGGACAAUGUAAGGACGGGAGCCACACGUGUGAUCACGUGAACGGCACGUGUACCAGCUGUGCAGACGGAUGGCUGCGUGACCUCUGUAAAGAAGCAGCGACACUGUUGGAUGGCUCAAAUAUUGAGAUGUCAGUCGGCGGUAUAGCUGGUGGAGUCUCAGGAGGCGUUGUUCUGCUGGUCGUGGUAGUUGUUUUCCUCAUCAUACGCAGACGGCGUCGUGGAUUGUCUCAGAAAGACCCGGAUGCAGAACUUCAGCCGAGUCAUUUAAUGGCGAGACCUCAACACGAUGAUCCAGUACCACAACACAACAUAGAAUACGAUGACGAUGAUGAGGACGACGAAGACGUUGCUGCUGAUGUAGCCUCAGCUGGCUUAGUGAACCCUGGCAGAGUUCCGGAGAGCACUUGUGUUCCUGUAGAGGAAUUCCGACGGUACAUGCUCAGGAAAAAGACUUCCGCGGGAUUUAAUGCCGAGUUUGAGACAUUUCCCGUGGGACUACACGCUAAGCAUGACGUGGCUUACAAACCCGAGAACAAGAACAAAAGCCGUUAUCGGAAUCUCGUGGCUUACGACCAUUCACGGGUCCACCUGAAGAAAUUUGGCGACGAGGAUACCGAUUACAUCAACGCUUGCUACAUCGAUGGUUACAACGAACCUAAAAAGUACAUCGCGUCUCAAGGUCCAACUGAUGUGAUCAUCAAUGAGUUCAUGCGCAUGAUCUGGGAACAAAACACCGGAAAAGUUGUCAUGGUGACCAAUUUGGUGGAGAAGACAGAGACUAAGUGUGUCCAGUACUGGCCAGACGGACAACCCAAGCAGUUUGGUUUCAUCAGUGUCUCUCUGCUGGACGAAGAGAACUUCUCUAACUACGCCAUCAGAACUCUGCAACUGAAGCAUUUGAAGAUGCAGAACAAAACCCAGCUCGUCAAACAAUUUCACUUCACGGCUUGGCCAGAUCAUGGUGCGCCCUCUAACGCCAGUAGCUUAUUGGACUUCCAGAGAAAAGUCCUGGGACAUAAAUCACCAUUGAUUGGGCCUAUAGUGGUGCACUGCAGCGCUGGAAUAGGCCGUACAGGAACGUUCAUAGCUCUGGACUACCUGAUAAACCAGGCCAAAGAGGAAGGUGUGGUGGAUGUGCCGGCCUGUGUCAGGCUGCUCAGGGAACAGCGAGUCAACAUGGUCCAGAGUUUGGAGCAGUAUGAAUUUCUGCACGAGGCCCUGGCAGAAGCCCUGGAGCUUCAGGAAGGGUCAAUCCCAGGUGUAAAUUUCUCCAGCGUGUUUGCCGAUCUCUGUACUGUUAACCCAGAGACUGGACAGCUGAAGAUAGCAGAACAGUUCCAGCGGCUGAAUGAGAAAACCCCUCCUCUGGACAAGGCUACUCUGGGGACAGCUUUACAUCCUGACAACCUGCACAAGAAUAGGUCUGACAAAAUUGUUGCUGCGGACAACUGCAGGCCUUACUUAUCCACUCCAGUGGCUGGCAAAAACAACUACAUAAACGCCGUCUUCCUUCCCAGCUAUAUGCUGAAAAGAGGUUUCAUCAUCACACACAUGCCAUUACCGAAGACUGUGGUGGAUUUCUGGCGUCUGGUAUAUGAUCACGGCGUCGCCACCAUUGUUAUGCUGGACGAUGUUGACAAUGAAUCUGAGAACGUUGGUAUAUACUGGACGGAGAAAAAGAAAAGCUUUGGUCCUUUUGAUGUAAAAUGUACGCAGAAAGAAGAGGAAAGUGGCUUCACAGUAUGGACAUACAACCUGGCCUACAAGGACGCGAAAGUGUCGUGUCCAAUCAAGCAGUUCCGCUGUGGGUUCUGGUCGACCACGCCUUCCUGUGCUUCAGUUCCGUCCCUACUGGCCGUCAUAGAUGGCGUGACAAGCUGGCAAAAAGUGGCCGGAAACCAGCCUAUCUUGGUUCACUGCAGGGACGGACUAACAAACAGUGGACUAUUCUGCGCAGCCUCAUUUGUACUGGAGAGACUGAAACUUGACCGAGACGUGAACAUUCCUCAAGCCGUCAAACAAAUGCGGGUGGCCAGGCCUCAGAUAAUCACUGAUUUGGAUCAGUUCCAGUUCCUCCACCAGGUGGCGCUGGCAUACCUGGAAACUUUCCACACCUAUGCCAACUUCAAAUAACUUUAUAGAAGUUUGCAGUGUCUUCUCCAUCAUAAGAGCAAUAGAAAGUCAGUGCUUUUAAAAUUUAUCGGAUAUUCCUAUAAAUUUUAUUAUUCCGCUUGUGCCUUGUGUUGUACAUGAUGAAAUUAAUACUUAGAUUAGCAAUUUAGUUACUAUCAACAAGAACAUAAUCACAAUAGAUAAUGCUAUACACAUUGAUGUCGUCUUGCACACAGGACCAUGGUUAACAUGAAUAGCCCACGUUAAAAGACAAGCUGUCAAACACCUGACCGACCGACAUGUGGAGCUUCUUGUCACAACUAAGAACUGUAUGUAUGUAUGUAUGUAUGCGUGGGGUUUAACAUCUUGCAAAAAACAUUAAUGUUAACUUCAUCAUGUCAUGUUACGGACUCUGUUUCAAAACGGUUCAGUCCAUUGAACUGGAAUAACACAUCACAAUAAUACAUUACAGGUCAAGUUCGAGUUUGGACAAAAUUAUGACCGUUCUUUUUUUUCAAAAUUUGGUCUUUUCAGGACUUUUUUUUUCAAAAUGGUUAAUUGAAUCAAAUCGUUCAGUAUACUUCUCUCCCAUGACUUUCAGGUGAAAUUCGAUUCGUCCGCUGUUUUGUUCAUACUCAGCAAAAUUAUGACCGUUUGUGUCGUGUUUUUUUUAUAUUUUGCGUUGAAACUUGAGAGAUAGCUUUAACAUGACAAGUUACAGAUCAAUUUUGAAUGAUGGGUUAUAUCGUUUAUUUUCAACAAAAUUAUGGCAGGUUUUGUUUCUGACUUUAGCAAAGCAGUUAUGUUGAUGGCUCAGACCGGUAAGGGACAUGUAUACCUUUCCCAAUACUUCCAGUAUGCUUGGUUUGUAUGCAGCUAGAUCAGAUGCCCAAUAAACCAGAUAGCUGUUGCGAGCAGUAUGUCAUAGGAUGAGUUAUACUUGGGAUAAACAAAAGCACAAGGCUACUUUUGCAUAUUCUACAACAUUAGACACUUCUUUGAUAGCCGAGUUGUAGUUUUUUAUGUUUUUUUUUUCUUAUAUUUUCGACGUGAAACAAUGGUCAAGCCCAUGUAAAUAUAAUGAAGGCGUAGAGCAUGGAAAGGAAAACCAGAUAAGAUACGAUAGUGUGAUAGUUGGCAAUUAGUCACAGGUAACCGGUGAAAUAUGGCUUCUUGUUAAUUUACUUCAGUUAGGGUUUUAUUCCAACUGUUUCCUAAAUUGCUUAAAUGGUAGAAAAUCUUAAACCUCUAGCACUGUGGCUUAAGCGUAAUUAAGUUUAAAAUGCAGUGAUGUUAAUUGCAAUUUAUUAGGCGUCACUGGUAAAGAAUUACUCAAAGUGUCGUGGUAUCUUUACAUUUAACACACAAUGACAUUAAAACAAUGCAAAAUCUCACGUGUAAAAGACUCGCAUAAAAUUAACGGAAUUGUGAAUAACGAAGAGUGUGCGACUUUCAAUGGUUACAGUGAUUAAACAUUGCCUCACGUGUGUUUGUGUCACAGCAAAGACAUCCAUGUUUCUCUCGAAAACCGCUAUAUCUCGGUUAUUAUUACUCUCAGCCUUUUUAAAAUUGUUUUUGUGGACAUGUAACGUAAUUAAUUAUAUCGUUCUUUUACCACAAACAAUUCAUAAAAUGCAGAGAGCGGACGAAGGCGUGGCGGUUUGUUCAAAGAACCUCUUCAACGACAGGUUUCAGGGGUUGUGGUUUUAACGAAUGCUUAUUACUUGCAUGAUAAUGUGUCUCUGCACUUAAGCACUUCUGUGUAACAAAAAUGUGAAAUAAGUC